UCAAAGUUCAAUUUCAACUCCAAAUACAUUAUUGAAUAAGUCGCCAAUUAAUUCAAAUAAUAAUAUUAGUUUAGUUAUAUUUAUUGUUUCAAUUAUAAGUGCAGUAAUAGGUACUACAUUGGUACUUUUUUGUUUACGUGCUUGUUGGAAUUUGUAUAAAGCUAAGGGUUUCGAAGUUAUUGCUACUCCAGGAAGUAAAUAA